AUGCCCGUCUCCUUUGCGCGUCUGGCCGGCCACACGGCAAAGCGCCUGUGUGUGAACGCCUCCCGACCCCAGCUCCGCACUGCACUCCCUUCCCGGCCCAUUGCGCGCUGCUUAUCCACCUCGCUGCCUCGCAGAUAUGCCGCCGUCGAUGAGAGCCAAAGGACUCGCCUGGUGCCUACGGACGAACACUUUUCAGGCCCCGUGGAUCCCGAACUGCCCAACGCCGAGAACGCUGCAGAGGAAGCGGACAGUAUCGACUCGAGGAAGAUCCGGCAUUACACGGUCAACUUUGGCCCCCAGCAUCCUGCCGCCCACGGUGUGCUGCGGUUGAUUCUGGAGCUCAAUGGCGAGGAGAUUGUGCGCGCCGACCCCCACGUUGGCCUGCUGCAUCGCGGCACUGAGAAGCUCAUCGAGUACCGGACGUACCUGCAGGCCCUGCCCUACUUCGACCGCCUCGACUACGUCUCCAUGAUGACCAAUGAGCAGUGCUUCUCGCUUGCCGUCGAGAAGCUACUCAAUAUUGAAAUCCCCAUCCGCGCCAAGUACAUUAGGACCAUGUUCGCCGAAAUCACUCGAAUUCUCAACCAUCUCAUGUCAGUCUUGUCUCACGCCAUGGAUGUCGGUGCUCUUACACCUUUCCUGUGGGGCUUUGAGGAGCGUGAGAAGCUCAUGGAAUUCUACGAGCGUGUUUCCGGUGCCCGUCUCCAUGCAGCCUACGUUCGCCCUGGCGGAGUAUCGCAGGACCUGCCACUCGGUCUCCUGGAUGACAUCUACCAGUGGGCUACCCAAUUUGGUGACCGCAUCGACGAGACCGAGGAGAUGUUGACAGACAACCGCAUCUGGCUUGGUCGCACAAAGGGCAUUGGUGUCGUCUCGGCAGCCGACGCCAUCAACUACUCCUUCACUGGUGUCAUGCUCCGAGGCUCCGGCGUGCCAUGGGACGUACGAAAGUCGCAGCCAUACGAUGCCUACGACCAAGUCGAGUUUGAUGUCCCUGUAGGUGUCAACGGUGACUGCUAUGAUCGUUACCUCUGCCGCAUGGAGGAGUUCCGUCAGUCUCUGCGUAUUAUCCACCAGUGCUUGAACCAAAUGCCUGCCGGGCCUGUCAAGGUUGAGGACUACAAGAUUGCGCCCCCGCCCCGUGCCGCCAUGAAGGAGAACAUGGAGGCUCUCAUCCAUCACUUCUUGCUCUACAGCAAGGGCUACAAUGUCCCCCCUGGCGAGACUUAUACCUGCAUCGAGGCACCCAAGGGAGAAAUGGGUGUCUUCCUCGUCUCAGACGGUAGCGAGAGACCAUAUAGGUGCAAGAUUAGGGCACCUGGAUUCGCACAUUUGUCCUGCAUGGACCAGAUCUCAAGAGGACACUUGAUUGCUGAUGCUGUGGCUAUCAUUGGCACCCUUGAUCUUGUGUUUGGCGAGGUGGACCGGUAG